AGUUUGGGGGGGGGGAGAGACUGUUGGAGAUUUUUGGAACAGAACCUCAGCAUACUUCUUUGUCAAGCCAAGAUGGAUUUCCUGCGGACAUGUUGAGGCAUUUUCAGCAAAAUCUGGUUUAGCCGAAGCACUGACCUUGCAGAAGCAGAUCGAAAGUUGCAAGAUGACUGACGAGCCUAUCAAGGAGAUCUUGGGAGGUUCCAAAUGUUCUCAAUGUGCUACAUUGGAGAAGAGCAACAACAACGACUGUAGGGUAACAGCUGUCCCUUUAGUGAGUGAAUGCCAGCUCACAGCUGCCACAGGUGGAAACGAACUCUCUUGUUACCGUUGCACAGUCCCUUUUGGCGUGGUGAUCCUCAUUGCUGGAGUGGUGGUCACCACCGUGGCAUACAGCUUCAACUCCCAUGGAUCCAUCAUCUCUGUGCUUGGAUUGGUUGUCUUGUCAUUUGGACUUCUUUUGUUGGCUUCGAGUGCACUGUGCUGGAAAAUCAGGCAGAGGAGCAAGAAGGCAAAAAGGCGAGAAAGCCAAACCGUUCUUGUUGCAAAUCAGAGAAGCCUGUUUGCUUAAAAAAUUAAAACUUCCAAAUGCAAAGGAUGGAAGAGAGGAUGGAUUAUUAAAUAGACAUGCCUAUUUAUUUGCAGUUGGGUUGCAGGAUGUUUUUAUUUGCAGCUAAGUUGGAAUUAUAGCGAUAUGAGCUAAAAGACCCUCUCAGAAGUCGGGAAUCAAUAUCUGUUUUUUUCACAAAUUAAUUUCAAAGUACUCGAGAACUGGUUUUCAUUAUAGGUGGUUCCCUUUGUUUAUCUCUCCAACUUAAAUUAUGAUGAUCAAAUGUUAAUGUUGUCAUGCUCUUAAGGGAAAAAAUCUGCCUGCUACAUUGCAGUUUGGGAGAGGCCAAGUUUCCAAGUAGGAGAGCCAAUAUUCAGACACAGCCUGUAAUAAAGGAUUGUGUCAGGCAAUGCAUAAAAGUAUGUCAGCCUACAGGAACAAGGGAAUGGGAUUUUAGCAGGUAAUCUGAACCACUAUAAAUGUAUCUAUUUACAGGUGUACGCAUGCAACAAAAUCCAGAUGGUGGUAGCUCUUAAGGAUAAGCAGUUUGGGGGAGGGGAUUUGGAGCAGAGCAAUGGCAGAUAAACAAAGGUGUAGAGCCCCCUUUCCAGUCCUCUCAAAUUCCCUUCCUGAAGCUGCUUUUCCCAAGGAAAAAUGACUGACAGGGUUUUGUUGUUGUUUUUUUGUUAUGCACAAAUGCGAUAGUUCCUAAUGAGGGCUUGUCUUUUGAAAUAAAAAUAGCUGUUUUCCACACUGCAUGCCAUGUUGACACUCCAGAAUUUCACAGAUCGAAACCGGGACUCCCUUAUAACGUCCCAGUUCUCAGACCAAGGAGCACUGCCUGGUCACCACCUCCACCACCGAUCCUUGGUUAUGCUCAGCUGAUACUAAUUUAUAUUGCAGUGGACUGUCCUGCAGUGGUGAAGGAGACUGGAAAAAAAAACCAAUGGUGGUUUUGACA